AUGGAAUCAUCAGGGCUUCUCAAUGUGGAGGAUCCGAUUCAGAUCUUUGUAUUGCAUACCAUUUUCAUCCCCAGAAUAAGUCAUUGUUUAAAUGAAUUUUCCGAAGCUUUCAACAACCAUGCAGUAAGUACCGAGGGUAAUUGGACCCCAUCUCAAUUCUGGAUAAAUGGCAUGAUCCAUUCUAACAAUCCACUUGCACACGGGAAUAUUGAUGAAGAGCCAGCUGAUGUUCAGCUAUAUGGAUGUGAUCCAGAGGCCCCUCUCCUUCAGAAGAAAAUAAUAAUGUCGUUGUUGAGUCAAUUCCUUUAG